AUGCAUCACGUGAAUUACACGCAUGUCCUACACUCAGGCAAAACAGUGAUCCAGCACAUAUACGACAGCCACUACGCCGGCGCCCAAACUAUACACGAAUUCCGUGACAAAUGGGCUGCACUUAAGGGACUGGUCGAUGAGGGACGGUAUCAGAGAAUCGGUCGCCAACUCGACUACCAGUGCGGACACUCCCUGGUGUGGAGGGAUGCCAUAUGUCAGUGGUUUAGCAAUAUGUCGGCCAUUCGGGACAUACACGAUAGGGUCGGCCACUAUUCCGGUCGUAUUGAGGCUGAGAGUAUGCACUUAUUGGACGGGUAUGUCAACCAAACGGUCGACCCCUGGGAGACAGCAUCGGGAGGACUAGCAGUCGAGUGCAAGUCGGCGAAAUGUAAGGCACAGUAUGUUUGGACGGGAGAUACCGGUGCUUAUGAUAUAACGGUUCAGUAUUACGAUGAAAAUGAUGGCGUUUCCCGGUUUAAGCUAUUCGUUGGCUCUAAAGUUGUCGGGGAAUGGGAUGCUAAUGAUAAACUGCCUAAUAGUAGGCCAUGUGGUGAUACCAGUAUCAGGUUUACGGCACCGGGAGUUAAGCUUACAAGUGGUGAUACUAUUACUGUGGAAGGCGUUCCUAAUCAUAAGGAAAAUGCGGUUUUCGAUUAUAUCGAGAUUGUGAAAGUUGCUUGA